CGCAUGCAGCACAUCGUUUAUUCUACUCCAAACGAACAAAGCGACUCCAGACCGUUGCCGGCGAGUACAAAAAAACCGAACGGAAAGAUUUAACACCAUAAUUACACUUAUCGUUUACUUAAGCCUUUGUACUCAUUGAUAGUGUAGUGCUAACAAGUAUCAAUCAACAGGUUUCAUUUAUUUUCCGUUAAAAACGUUUGUGUUGCCAAAUAAUACGCGUCUUAUUCUCAACGGAUUUCUGGAGGAUCAACCACAUUUCAACAGAUUAUCAACGAUGGCAGAUGCUCAAACAAGUCCCUCGUCUACUGAAGUAAGAUGCCAGGAGAAAACCCGUGGUGGUUUAUGUUAUGAGGUCAUCCUCGGUGAGGCUGAUGUAAAGGCCACGCCACCGAAACGUGCCGGUUCCCCGCCGAAUAAAAACAUGACCGUGCAGGAAAUCGAAGAAAAACUGCGCGCGGCUGAAGAACGCCGUCUGCAGCUGGAGUUGAAUAAGAUUACAGCUCUCUCAGCCAAGAUGCAGAAGAUUGAGGAUGCUUCCCGCAAGAAGGACGAGCAGACCAAUCAGUUUAUUCUGAAUACACGCGAGGCGCUGGAAGCCAAGAUGGAGAAUCACGUUGGGAAGCGUGAGGCGUACAUCACCGACCUGAAGAGCAAGCUCAAGGACCACAUUGAGAAUGUAGAAAAGACGCGUCUCACGCUUGAGCAGCAAACGGACGAGGUGCGCACCGCCAUUGAAGACAAGCUCAAGACUGCUUCGGAGCUGCGCGAUGAGAACAUGAAGAAAAUGAUGGAGAGAUUGAAGGAUCACGAAGAGCAAGUUAAACGUGUGCGCACUAUCAAUACGGAGAAACUGCAGCAGUUGGAGACUACCGUGCAGGAAAAACUUGAACAGGCUCAGAGCCGUCGUGCUCAGAUGGAACUUGAGCAAAAAGAGAAGCUGCGUAAUCACAACACCAGGCCGGUAGAAAUCCAAACUGAAAUCAAGUCCACGCUCGAGGACAAAAUUUCCACUGUUUCACAGCACAUUGAAACUAAACUUACUGUCGCCGAACAGAAUCGUGUGAAGGAAAUCCAACGCAAACUCGAAACCGCCAAGAAAUAUAAUGAACGCACUGUAGAAUUGAAGCAGAAGAUGGAGACACUCAUUUCGGAAAAGUCUACGAAAUCCACACAAAUUGAGUCCAAGCUCACCGCUGCCGAGCAGAAGCGAGAGAAGGAGUUGCAGAAAAAGUUGGAGAAUGUCAAGAAAAACGAGCGUCGUGCUGAAACUGUUCGUCAGAAUAAGGCGAACAUCUUGGCCAGUCAGCAAGAAGUGACCGCUUCGUCCGGUUAAACAAUGAAUCGUCAAGAGUACUUUACCCGCUGCAUAGCAGCCAUCUUGCAGCAGCAACAUCUACUUAUGAUUAACAAUAAUAGCAUUAUCGAUUAGUUGAUCCUUUGAUCACAAAAUGGCGGGCGGAUAUGAUUGCAAAUUGAUCUCGCACUGCAACCCGCUCGUCACACAUUUUUCUCCAACUCACCACUCCUCACAUUUUACGUAGCAUUAUUUUAUUUUUUAUAUUAUAUUACCUUUGGUUUACGUCUAAAUGGUUAACAAAAUGAAAGAAACAAUAUUUGGUUGUGUCAAUUAGUAUCUUAACUAAAAAUUCUCGGGAUUAUCGAACGCACUUUUAAUUUCGAUGUGUGCAGGCGGAGCGUUUGCCCUAAUCCAAGACCAGCUAGCUUAGCCACGUGUGAAUUUAUAUUAUAAGCUUCGAAACUCCAGAAACGUUUCUUGCACCACCUAUCAUUAGUUAGGAAAUGUAAAAAAAAAGAACAUGAGAACAACCACACACAAAAUGUUAUAUAAAUACAUAUAUCUAUAUUUUAUCUUGGUCGAAAUGAAAAAUGAAGAAACUGAAGUGAAUAUCAAUGCUCAUUAAAAACAAGGUUUGAUUGGAAGAGUUGAAGGAUUGGAUUGGUUGAUGCGUCUUUUGUAAAUGUCUGUAAAGUCGGUUUCUUCGCAUUUUAUACAAAAAAAAUGUUAAAAAAAAACAAACAAACAAGAUUACAAACCGCCGCUGUGCUGCCUUUUUAAGUGUGAACGAUAAAUUGAAUGAUUGUAAAUGCAUAAGUUAAGGAAACUAAUGUAAAAUGUAACAAAAAUACGUGCUUUAUUGCGGCGCGUGCCAAUGUGCGAAGCGACACCGUUGGAAACAGUACACAGAAAGAAAGAAGCGCGAGAGUAAAAUAGAAUUGUAAUGAAUAAGAAGUGGGCGUCUAUUUUGAAGUAUUACGGUGCGAAUGACUAGCAGCCUUAAGCUGAAUGAAGAAAUGUUAGCUACCGAGCGGUGUCGGCUUUGCAAGGAGGCAGCGCGCCACGCUUCUGUGAUCACAAUUUGUUUGUGUUGUUUCAUUAACAUGGAAAAACAAAUAAUGAGAAACAUGUUUAGCUGAAUAACUAUUGUAGCGUUUAUGUAGCCAGCUCCACAUUAUACUAACAGUUUCGUAUGCUUUUCUUAUAUGAGAAUAAAUUAAUCAAGUUUGGACACUUGAUUCCAAAGACA